AGUUUCUCCUGUUGCUAUUACCAGCGUUAGUUGUGUUUAUGUUGAUAACACACUUUGAAACUGGUCGUACCCCUUUAUGUGUCUCUACUUGUCUAGUGCUACGGAAAUUUUCCUUUUGAUGUGAGAAAGACGUGGAGGUGCCACCCAUUUCGGAAACAAAUUAUCGAACUCAAAAUUCUCACAAAUGGAGAAUUCCACUGGCCGAGUUCGAAAGAAAUGGAGUGAUAACCCAAUGAAUACCGAAAUGCCAAUUUCUGCACCGGCUGUCAAGGAACAUAUCAAUCCGCAGUAUGAACACUAUCUACUUUUAUUGCAGCAGCGCAACAGGAUGCUUAGAAAGCUAAUGACCAAAACAUCGCAGGAGAUUUCUUUGGAGAGAAAAGAGCAAGGAUUCACUCUUUAUAUGAAUGGAGCCAAUGCUGAAAUGGACAUACACCCACCCUUGCCACAACUGAAGUCUCCGUCUCCAAAUCAUGAAGCCCGAUCAAGGAGACACAGGGCUGCUGCUCAACUAAUGGCAAGAAGAAACAGGUUCUUCCUUGAUCAGAGUUACCUGAAAGAACUGGAGAAUGAUAUACAGAGUAACCAUAGACAGCGCCAGGCCCCACUCACUAAAAGAUCUCGGAAGAGAUGGAAUAUAAAAUCAAUCAAAUCCCGUCUUGCAGGAAUGGAUGAAGAUGUUCAUUUCACAGAAAACUGUAGAGUGAGCUAUGAAGAUGAUUUUGAAUCUGAUGACAGUUUAAGCAGCAGUGAUUCUGAAGACUACAAAGAUUUGAUCGAUUCAUUGACUGAGGAAGAGUGUUUUAAGGUGCAAAAUCUUGAAAACAAACUAAAUAAUAACUACAAACAAAACCAACAGACUUCACCGGAACGUAAAUUAACAUUAAGUAUUGCAGAUAUAAAGAAACUAAAAGUCUCUCUUGAAAUGAACUCAGACCUCAGGAAAAGCAUUAUGGAAGAACUGAGCUCCGGAGAAGAAUCAGAUUGUUCAAUUCCAGAAGAAUUAAAUGAGAAUGACACAAAUAACAGCAUUUCAGGAAGUGUGAAUCUCCAGCAGAAUUUUAUGAAACCUGCCGAUUAUAUUGUCUUAGAGUUUGGAACACCUUCUUGUAGUUGGGAGAAAAAUAUUGUCAGCUCAAAGCAAAAAAAUUACAAUACUCGUUCAACAACAGAAUUUACGUCCCAUGAUAGAAAUACUAUCCUGCCUGGAUUGAAACCAGAAAACAAAAUCUCCAAUGAUUUCAUCAAAUUCCAACUACUUGACAGCUCAAAUGAUGCUGACCACAACCACAAUCAGAAUCCAAAGCAGUCAAGAAAGCAUCAUAGUCAGUUUGAAUCACAUUCUGGAACCUUAACUGAGCAGCAGGUUAAUUUAAUCACGAAAAAUGUUCUCAGAAUGAGACCUCGGCAACAAGUAAAUCUCAUAAAAAUGUUGGGUAAACUAGAAGAAACAGCAGACACAGAAAUUUCUGAAAGACAUCAAGAAACUGGGAAAGAACACCAGAAUCUUGCUUUCCAUCCUCAUCGGAAAGUUCGGUUGGAACUUUUGUCAAACUGGGGUCACAAUAAAAGAAUUGGACUUACUGAAAUUCAGCUUUAUGAUACAUCCGGCAAAAUCAUCCCUGUUCUUCCUGAAAAUGUAACUGUCAAAAAUGCUAGCAAUCCAUCAAAUUCAAUUCUUGUUGUUUUCAAUGGAAAAGCAAAGACAAGUAAACUGAAAAAUAUGUGGAGUUGUGACAGAAGUGAUACAGCCCCAGUUAUGAUCACAAUACACCCUUUGGCUGAAAAGAAUUUGUCAAAAAUCAAGUUAUGGAAUUACAAUCACAGUUUGAAAGACCUCAACAUUGGUGUGAAUCUCAUUAAAGUUUUCAUCAAUGACAAAUUAUUGUAUAGUGGGAGUGUUGACAAAGGUUGUGGCAAUCAUAUCUUUGAUUUUAGCACCUCUAUUGAAUUAGGUGUCUCUUCUAAUAAUCGUUCCUCUUCACCUUCUCUGGAACCAUUAACACUAAGCAACAAUAAUAAUCUAACGAGGCAUAACUCUAUUGACAGUGAUUUAGCCAAAACCUUACGCAAAAGAGACACUGCCUCUUCAGCGCCUAAUUCUCGAUGUCCGUCACGUGGUAGAAAGAGAUCCAUUUCACUUUCUCCUUUAUCACCCCCACUCAGUGCUGGUCAUCCUGUUUCCAGAAAACAUAACCUUCCUUUAACUAAUUCUCAUGGAGAAGUUAUUGACGACAGCAAAGAUCUCAGUUUUUCACUCCUCACAUCAAAAAAACCUAGCUCUGCGAAAAGUAAAUCUCCAUGUCCGUCAAGGAAAACCUGUUCUCCCCGACCUAAAUUGAAAAUUUCCAACCAAAAAGACCCUUGGGAUGUGCUAUUUUCUGAAAAUGAUCAAAAUUCUUCUCCAAAACAUUCACAAAAAUUACCUCUUGACAAUACUUCAGCAAAUGGUGUACCAGUGUCACCCCGAACUCAUCGAAACACAGCCAACCUUGAUACAGUAUCUGAUGCAACCAGAAUUACUGGAAAGAAAGAGAGGAAAUCAAAAGAUUCUCUAGACUGGCUGGAAAAUGAUAUUUUGCCCAAACAUUUACAUUGCCACAACAACCAUACUAGUAACUGUUCCAGAGGAUCUAAUAUGGAAGCAUCUUCAAAUUAUCAAGAAGAUAUUGUUGAUAGACUUGAAGAACCAUUGAAAGAUUUUCAGCUUUCUUCGCCUUCCAAGAAUGGUAAGUUAACACCGUUUGACAGUCACUCUCUUGACGAAGAACUGCAAACAGCUCACCAAUCAACAAUUAGAUUAAGGAAUAUGUUGGAUAAAAUUGAAAGGCAUGUCAGUCUCUCAAGCAGAUCUGGAUCUUCCCAAGACAAAGACACACCAGAACCUUCAUCACCUGGCAGUGUCACCUCCCUUCGCACUAUACUUGAUGAGGAAUUUGAAAAAAGCAAGUGUGACAACCUUGCUGAAGAAAUGCAAGAACAGGAAUUUGGAAUGUACACUCCUAUGCAGAAGAUACAAAAGCGAAGAGCUAAAUGGCGUCAUCUGUCAGAAAGCAAUUUGGAAGAAUCUUGGGGGUCUCUGAAUUAUUUCAACCACCUUCAUAGAGGCCGUUUAUCAAUGGAUGGAGAUGCUCUGGAUGAAUAUUUGCUGGACAAUAAAGUACCUGUGUUCCAGUCAGAAUUUUCAACCUCUGAGAACCAGCAGGCUGUGAUGCAAAAAGCGGAUGAAAAUUUCACUAUCCCGGAACUACCAUAUGGACAAGAACUUGUCAUUAACAUCAAGAUGACAUGGGGUGAUAAGCAUUAUGUUGGACUCACUGGAAUUGAUAUUUUCUCAGAAAAGGGUGAAUCUGUUACAGUAAAAAAAAUCACUGCAAAUCCUAAGGAUAUCAAUGUCUUACCGCAAUACAAUAAGGACCCUCGGGUUGUCCAGAAUCUUAUCGAUGGAGUGAAUCGCACAAGAGAUGAUGUACACAUGUGGCUGACCCCAUUUACUGCUGGUAGUGAUCACUAUGUGACCUUGACUUUUACAGAACCAUGUCAUAUCGCUCUAAUUCGGAUAUGGAAUUAUAACAAAUCCCGCAUUCAUUCUUUCCGUGGUGCACGCGAGGUUGAUAUUUUAUUAGACAGACAACUUAUAUUCUCCGGUGAAAUUGCUAGAGCAUGUGGUGGUGUAGAAGGAGGGACAGAGGCUUUUGGGGAUACAAUCUUGUUUAGUGUUGAAGAAGAGAUACUUGAAGCUGUGUCCAGGAAUGAUGAUGCAUAUGAAGGUGAAACUCUUGAAGAUAUUAGCUGGGAAGAUGAGAUUGGCAACCAGCGUCCCACUACUGCAGCACAGGCCAAUAACAACGAGGACCGUCCUUUCACUCGUGCUUGUGGGAAUGCUGCUGAUCUACAAGACCACAUGUCAACAUUAGAUCUUAUGGAUUCCCUUGAUAAUGAAAAUUCCUCAGUUUUAAAAGGAAAAUGUUUAAAACUAAAUUUCACCGAAACCUGGGGUGACCUUCAUUAUUUAGGCUUGACAGGACUAGAGAUAUUUAGUACAGACAAAGAGACAUUACCAGUUAACAUGAAUAUGCUUAGUGCAGAACCAUCAGAUUUGCAUAGUCUACCUGGCCAUGAACAAGAUGAAAGAACAUUGGACAAAUUAAUAAACGGUGUCAAUGUAACGAACUCUGAUGAAAAUAUGUGGCUUAUACCAUUUACACCUGAAAAGCCCCAUAUAGUUUCUUUUGAAUUUCCGCAACCAGUUACAAUAUCUGGGAUUCGAGUUUGGAAUUAUAACAAAAAUCCUGAAGAUACAUAUAGAGGGGCUAGAAUCGUCCAUGUUGAGAUUGACAGUUACACAAUUUCUCCUCCUGAUGGUUAUUUGCUAAGAAAAGGUUUAGGCAGCUGUCCUUUUGAUUUUGGCCAGGAAAUUUCCUUUUCAUCAACUGGUCAUCUCUCAUUUGGUUCUAAGAGUCCUAAUGCUGUCAAAGAUAGAAGGUGCCUCUUGUCAGAACAGUCCAGCUUGUGUUAUGAAACUGUCGCUAUGCCAUGCGGAUUUAUUUAUCAGCUGCAGUUGUUCAGUACAUGGGGAGAUCCUUACUAUGUAGGAUUAAAUGGAAUUGAAUUAUAUGAUGCUGAAUUCUACAAGAUACCACUUGAUGAAAGCCACGUGGCAGCUUAUCCUGACAGUGUGAAUGUACUGACUCCGAAUGUACAGUCAGAUAUUCGAACUCCAGACAAACUUGUUGACGGUGAGAAUGAUACCAAAGAUGGUGCCCACAUGUGGCUGGCUCCUGUCUUACCAUCAGUGGUAAAUAAAGUUUAUAUUGUAUUUGAUCAACCCACCACUGUGUCAAUGAUUAAGAUUUGGAACUACAGGAAAACACCUUCACGCGCUGCUAAAGACAUUGCUUUACUUGUAGACGAUCUGCUAGUUUGCAAUGGUAGCCUUCCAGCAGUUAACAAUGCCUCUCGCGGAAUCCUCCCAACUUGUGAUAUGCCACACCCAUAUCACACACUCCUGUUCACUGAGAAUAAAGAAGUGUUGAAGAAAGAGCGACACACUGUUAUCAGUAACUAUACUCCUCUGACGCAGGGACAAGAAAUUCAAAUGACCAAUGAUAGAAAAGUUGUUACUUUUGACAAUUCAAGCAGAAGUAAACAGCAAAAUGUCAAUCAAGCCAUGAGACCUACUACCUGCGUUACAAGUCCGGCCAAUAAGAGACCAUAUUGAUUACCUUUGUCAAGGAGAAGCAUGAGAUUUUGCUGGUAACUGCAGAUUUUAACAAUCUGUUACAAACAAAAAGGCAGCACAGUGGAACUGUUUCACUUACUCAAUCACCAAAGAAAACCUAUCUGUAAAAUUCAUCCAAGCCAGUGUUUGUGAAGCCAUCUAUAUAAGCUGUUGCCUUGUUUCUUAAUUCUGCUCAAUGUUCUAUGCAGUGAUGGAUCCUAUUCACAACAGCUUCUUGCCAAUAAGAAAUAGAUAUUCAUUGAAUAACUAACGAACUGUGUGUAGCAGUGGAGCAGUGAGGAUAACAGAAUUUAACAGGAUUCUGUGAGGAAAUGUUAGGUCAUCUGCUAUAAAAUAUUAUUCAAAUAACAUAUAUGCAUACAUGUUCCUUACUGCACAGAACAAGAUUAACAUGAAAUUUUCCAGAAUUCCCUGUUGUUAAGUGUGAUCGUUAUUCAUCAUUAUUUUCUCAUAAUUUUGCCCCCCCCCCCUUUCUCCAAAUUAAAUUUUUUCUUUUUCUUUUUCAUAAAUUCCGAAACAAUGUUUAUACAAUAUUUAAACUGUUGUCUAAGAAUGUAGAAAUUAAACUGCUUCUGGAUUCUCCCAGAG